AUGCCAACCCAAACCGCCAAACUCCUUGGCAUCACACGCUUGCAACCUGCUCAAAUUAGUAUUGGACUUGCUAACCAUACUAUAGCCAAGCCAAGAGGAGUUGUUAUUGAUGUUCUUCUAGAGAUUGGAGAUAUCAAGAUCCCGGUGGACUUUCAUGUCAUAAACAUUCAAGGAGGAUGUGACACACCAUUGAUACUAGGCCGACCCUUUUUGGCCACUGCUGGAGCUGUCAUGGACCUUCCAAACCGGCGAAUGUCCUUAGCCAAUGUGACAAGACAGUCUUUUACAAGACCAUACCAUUCAUCACACCAAACAAGCUGUCUUACCUCAUCACUGCCCAAGGCCGCCCAAGAGAGCCACCAGACCACACUCAAGGAAUCUAAGAACCACACAAUGGUAAAGAAGAUAUACCACAAGAAGAAUGUUCAUAGUUGGCGCGACUUUGAUGGCCGAGCAGAACCUCUCCACGCUCGCCCAUGUCCUCUCAAGCCGCCCAACACACCAUCCCAUCUCAUUCCAUCUGCAUCUCACCCAUCCCACCUCACCACACUUGCAUUCCAUCACUACCAUCAUUCCACUGCAUUCACCAUUCUUCAAGUCUUUUGGAGCAUUCUGGAGCAUAUGGGACAUAAGGAGCAUGGAGGGACUUGGCACAUGGAAGCAGCUCAACUGGAUACGCAAAGGAAGAAGGGAGAAGCCAUCUUGAAGACCAGCUCGACCGUCCACUCGACCAACCGGUCGAGUUCCUCAACUCGACCGGCCAAGCUUCAACUCGAUCGAGCUGGAAGUCAAAGUCAAACCCGAAAAAUGUUGCUUCCCCCUUGA